UCCUUUCUGUCUGUAACAUGGCAGAAGCCACAUGUUCGUGGUAAACAUCUCUGCUGAACUGUAGUGUCUAAAAGCUCUUUUCACGAUGGAGUCGGUAUCAAACACGCCGGCGGAGGUGAGCGCUACUAUGGACUGUGAGGGAAACACAGACGCGUUUGAGAAAGUCAAAUCAAAGAAGAGUCACAAACGGAAGCGGCACGCGGCUGAAGUGGACAUGCAGCCCGAGGAGACCGUAGCGGCCAAGAGACCGCAGUUCCCGGCUUUAUCAGGAGCCCAGCUCACGGGAGGCGCAGUUGAGAUGCGGAAGGUGCCGGUUCCCGCUCACCGUUACAGUCCUCUGAAAGAAAACUGGAUGAAGAUUUUCACCCCCAUCGUGGAACAUCUGCAGCUCCAAGUGCGAUUCAAUCUCAAAACCAGGAACGUGGAGAUUAAAACGUGCAGAGAAACGUCAGACAUCGGCGCUCUGACCAGAGCUGCUGACUUUGUGAAGGCGUUUGUUUUAGGCUUUCAGGUGGAGGAUGCUCUGGCUCUGAUCAGAUUAGAUGAACUGUUUCUGGAAACGUUUGAUGUCACAGACGUUAAACCUCUGAAGGGAGAUCACUUAUCCAGAGCCAUCGGCAGGAUAGCAGGGAAAGGAGGGAAAACCAAGUUCACCAUUGAGAACGUGACAAAAACCAGGAUUGUGCUCGCAGACACGAAGGUUCAUAUUUUGGGAUCUUUCCAGAAUAUCAAAAUGGCACGAACAGCAAUCUGCAACCUAAUUCUCGGAAGUCCUCCAUCAAAGGUGUAUGGCAACAUUCGGGCGGUGGCGAGCCGCGCAGCCGAGAGGUUUUAACACAGCUAAUGGACUGAUGCAGAAAUGAUUUACAUUAUCAGUGCCAUAUUGGCUUGUAUAUGUGUAUGAAUAUGGUGACUGAUGUGAGCGCCAGUGGACGGCCGAUUUCUCAAGCAGUGGAGCUUCAGAUAAUAAACACUUCAUUAAUGGAAAUCA